CCGUGUUAAAAGACCUCCUCAGAAACUUCCACGGUGAGAGAAAAAAGUACACACGAAGAGAGAACAGUGACUGCGUAGCAACCCUAGGCAAUCGAAGAUGAUCAUCCCAGUUCGUUGCUUUACCUGCGGAAAGGUGAUUGGUAACAAAUGGGACACAUAUCUUGACCUUCUCCAGUCGGAUUACUCCGAAGGAGAUGCUCUCGAUGCCUUGGGGUUGGUCCGUUAUUGCUGUAGGCGAAUGCUUAUGACUCAUGUUGACCUCAUUGAGAAGCUUCUGAAUUACAAUACUUUGGAGAAGAACGAAAACAGUUGAUGAAUGGUUUAUAACUUACAAAGUGAGGAGUUGGUUCUACACAAUGUCCUGUAAAAAUUUUAUCUGACUCUGUUAUGUCUGUCCACUGUUUUGUUCAGCCAGAUACAGGCUGAGAAUUAUGGUAUGUGUUCGAGUAGACUGUGUUGUUCAUUUAGCUUGCAUCACGAAUUGUCUUAGAUAUGUUUAAGUUAUGAACCUACCAGCUUCUCAAUGAAAAAUUAUGUUUGCCACUUGA